AUGGGCCGCGUCCGUACAAAGACCGUGAAGAAAUCCUCGCGCCAAGUGAUUGAGCGAUACUAUUCGCGCAUGACCCUGGACUUCCACACCAACAAGAAGAUCCUGGAGGAGGUGGCCAUCAUCCCCUCCAAGAGGCUCCGCAACAAGAUUGCCGGGUUCUCGACCCAUUUGAUGAAGCGGAUCCAGAAGGGCCCGGUUCGCGGCAUCUCCUUGAAGCUCCAGGAGGAGGAGCGCGAGCGCCGCAUGGACUACGUCCCCGAGAAGUCCGCCAUCAAGACUGACGAAAUCGAGGUCGACAAGGAGACGAUCGACAUGCUCUCUGCUCUUGGCAUGGGCGAUAUGCCCGGCCUCAAGCGGGUCGACCCGGCUUCUCUUCAGCCCCAGCAGCUCGGGUUCGGGCGCGGCGGGCCCAGGAGGUACUGA